GAUUUGGAGAAUUGAUAUUUCAUCUACAAUCACACCUCCAUUUCACCUUACUAAUCUCCCACAUUCACUCCUUAUUUACGCAACCCCAAGCGAGCUCCAAACACCACACUUUCUCACAAAGAUUCCCUCAUUUUCCUUCCAAUUUAAGCACCCCCACAGAUCCGGAAUUCGUUUGAGACAUUUUGUGUGUGCAUUGUCCAAUCUGUGUUUAUCGAAGUGUUCUUUUGGCGUUUUGUUCACGAAAACAGUACUUCCUUUAGCUUUAAUCUGCUACUUUCUGGAAUGCAUUUUCUACGUUGAGGUGGACAUUAGGUUUCGGAUUCUGUUUUCUACAGACCACAAAGACUGUUUCAUACCUAGAGAAUUUAGGGGAAGUUUUUUUCUGGUCAGAAUGGUUUGGGGGUGGAUUUCUUGGAUUCGGAUCGAGGAGGUUUGAACUGGUAGUUGAAGGAGAAAAUCCUGGGUUUUGAAUGAAUAGGGUGGCGGGGUGGAAGUGGGAACUAGAUGAUUUGCAGCCUGUGAUUGACUGAUUAUCAUCCAGCGAUGUCGAAGGUUGCUAAAUGGAAGCUUGAGAAGACAAAAGUAAAAGUAGUCUUCCGGUUACAAUUCCAUGCUACACAUAUUCCACCAACCGGAUGGGAUAAAUUGUUUAUAUCUUUCAUUCCCGCCGAUUCUGGAAAGGCAACAGCAAAGACAACCAAGGCAAAUGUGAGAAAUGGGACCUGCAAAUGGGCAGAUCCUAUCUAUGAGACUACAAGACUUCUCCAAGAUGCCAAAACCAAGCAGUAUGAUGAGAAACUCUAUAAAAUUAUUGUGGCAAUGGGUUCUUCACGGUCUAAUAUCCUGGGUGAGGCUAAUAUCAACCUUGCUGAUUAUUCUGAUGCCCAAAAGCCUUCUACUGUUGCACUGCCUCUUCAUGGAUGCAAUUCUGGAACUGUAUUACAUGUUACUGUGCAGCUGUUAACUUCUAAAACCGGGUUCAGAGAGUUUGAGCAGCAGAGGGAACUGAGAGAGAGAGGGUUGCAGACGAACACUGGACAAAAUAGGCGUGAUGGAUCUAGUGGAGGAAAAGCAUUAUCAUCCGAAGAAACUGUCAAUGAACACAUGGAUAAGGUCAAUGCAAGGGUUAGAUUCAAACCAGAAUCAACAGAGCUUCCUUCACUUGAAGAAGAGGGAGGAUUAAAUGAAGAAUAUUCAGACUCAGCUAUUGGAUUUGAUGGCUCAUCCAAUACAUCAGAAAGUUUAUGUGCUGAAAAGCAUGAUACCUCCAGCACACAUGAAAUCGAUAGCCUUAAGAGCACAAUCUCUGGUGAUUUAAAUGGACUUUCCCACACUCAAAGUCCUCAGACAGAGAAAGGGGACCCAUCAGAUCAGAGGUUUUUGGCACAGGGAAGCAAUGAUUGGGUUCAUGGAUGGAGUUCAGACUAUUCUGUGGAUAAUGACUUGGCAAUUGCUUAUGAAGAGAACAAUAGGCUUAGAGGAAGCUUGGAAGUUGCGGAGUCUUCUAUUAUUGAGCUUAAGCUGGAGGUAAGCUCUCUACAAAGUCAUGCUGAUGAAAUAGGUGUUGAAACACAAAAGUUUGCUAAGCAGCUUGCUGCUGAGAUUGCUUCAGGAGAAGUUCUUGCCGAAGAGGUUUCUGUACUGAAAUUAGAGUGUUCAAAACUCAAGGAGGACCUUGAACACCUCAGAAAUUCUAAGUCAAUUCCUGAAUUUGCUAGCAGAGAAAUUAUUCGGACAGAUCAGGAUCAUGGAUUUGAAGAUUCACAGCUGAGAUGGCUAAAGGGACUUUUAAAUAUGGAGGACAAGAUAAGAGAGCUUCAAACUAAGGCAUGCCUUGGGUUCCAUGAAAGGGAGUGCAGGUUCCUUCAGCCAGACUUAGAGGCACUGCUCCAUGUUCUGCAGGAUCUCAAACAAGGAACUGGACAAGCAAUUUCUAUGUUCGAUGCUUUACCAUCAGAAACUGCAAACAUAAAGGAGAUGAGAGAAAGCCAACAAUUUGUGUCAGGAACUGGGUUUGAUGCUGAAUUGUAUCAGCCUGAAGAUUUGCUUCAUUGCUUAGGUGUAUCUGGCCUGGUUUCUCUUGUACCUGAUUCUCUAGAUGCUACCAAUGCAAUAAAAGACAAAUUCUUUGAACUUCUAAGAGAGUUGGAUGAGUCCAAAGCUGAACGGGAAAGCCUUGCAAGAAAAAUGGACCAGAUGGAGUGCUACUAUGAAGCCCUUGUCCAGGAGCUUGAGGAAAACCAGAAGCAGAUGCUGGGGGAAUUGCAGAAUCUCAGAACUGAGCACUCUACUUGCAUGUACACAAUUUCGUCCACGAAGGCUCAAAUGGAGACAAUGAGCCAAGACAUGAAUGAGCAGAUCUUAAGAUUUGCUGAGGACAGACGUGACUUGAAUUCGCUUAACCAGGAGCUUGAAAGAAGGGCUAUUACUUCAGAAGCAGCACUUAAAAGGGCACGUUUGAAUUAUUCGAUAGCAGUGGAUCAGUUACAAAAAGACCUCGAACUGCUUUCUUUCCAGGUUUUGUCUAUGUUUGAGACUAAUGAGAAGCUUGUGAAAGAAGCUUUUUCAGAAGCUUCACAACCGUCCUCCCGAGAGUGUCCAGAAACGGUGCAGAAUCAGAACUUGGAUUCAGAAAAUCUUGACAUUGCCAAACUCCUACAGUGCCAUAAUAAAAAUGCAGGGGUAAAGAAACCAUCCUUGGGUGGAGAAGUUCUUUUAGAGGACUUGAAAAGAUCUCUUCACUUGCAGGAAGAGCUUUACCAGAAGGUCGAGGAAGAACUCUGUGAAAUGCAUUUGGUGAACAUAGACCUGGAUGUGUUUUCGAAGACUCUAAGAGAAACUUUGCUGGAAGCAAGUGCUGAGAUUGCACUUAUGAAAGAGAAAAUAGAUGAACUUAGUCAGCAGUUGGAGCUUUCAACUGAGUCCAAAGAGUUGUUACUGCUAAGGCUGCAGACUGCUAUGGAUGAUGUUCGCAUGCUGAAUGAGUACAGGGAGAGUUGCAUUGCAAAGUGCCAUGAUCUGGCUCUGCAAAAUCAAAUUUUAGAAGCAAAUUUGGAAAGUGUUUCUAGUGAAAAUUUUCGUCUUAGUCAGAAGAUUGCAGAGUGGGAUGCUCUGGUGAUGAAAUGCAGAAAUUAUGAGAGUAAAUAUGAAGCUUGUGCUGCUGAAAAAAUGGAGUUGGCAAAUUUAUUAAAAGAGGAAGCUCUAGAAAAUGGUGGUCUACAAAAUGAAAUUUCCUCUCUGCAGGAAGAGUUGAAAACUUCCAAAACUGAACUUGAUGAGCUGGCUUCUGUGAAGGAAAGUCUGCAGCAAAUUGUCAAUUUUCUGCAAGAUAAGUUGGGAAGUCUAUUGGCAUGUUAUGAUGCACAAUUAAGUGGAUUGCCUCUACAGAGUAAAUCCACGUUUCAGGAUUUCAAGUUUAAGGACUUCAUGGGUGUUGUCUUGCAAUUAGAAGAACUUCAACAAAAUACACAUGGAAAGAUUCUUCAACUCAUGAAAGAGAAGAAAGAUCUAGAGGAUGAAAGAGAUAUUGGUCGAUUCUCAUUAAGCACAGUAAAAUCAGAAACACUUGUCAUGAGGCAGAAAUUUGAACAUGAUAUACAGGAGAUGGUUAGUAAAGUGGAUGCUUCCAAUGCCCUAGUGCAAAGGCUUCAGUCGGAACUUGAGGUUAUUGCUAACAGACUCAAGGUUAGCUUUGAAGCUGAAGAAAAAUAUGCACAGAAAAGUGGGGAACUUCUCUCUGAUUUUGCCUGUUUGGAAGUUGAGCUGCAAGAACUUAGUUCUAAGAACAGGGACCUUGCUCAAGAAAUCUUGGGGUUGGAAACUGUUACUGAAGAACUUGGAAAGAGUAAGUCGACUAUAGCAGACAUUACACUACGUAACCAAGUUUUGAUGACAUCCUUACAGGUUAAAACCGAUGAAUCUGUGAAGCUUGCAUCAGAGAUUAGCAGUUUGAAAGAAAGUUUGAGAUGCCUGCAAGAAGAGUUAUGUGUUGAAAGAGGCCUCAGAGAUAAAUUAGAGGGCACAGUUGGAGAUCUUACCUUCCAAUUGGAUGAGAAACAUCGCCACUUGAUCAAUUUUGAUCAGCAGAAUGCUGAACUGGACCAUUUCAAGCAGCAGUUAUCUGAUUUAGAGUUAGAAAAAUCAAGUGUCUGUCAGCGGUUAUUGCACAGCGAGGAAUGUCUGAAAAAGGUCCACGAAUCCUCUUUUACUGAUCUGGAAGCUCAGUUAUCUGAGAUGCAUGAAUUGUUAAUAGCCACAGAUGUUAAAUUCAUUUGCACAAGUAAUCAGUAUGAGGCCUGUAUUGAGGAGCUCACUCAGCGACUUCAGUCUUCAGAUAAGCACCUUGAGGAGCUUCACAAAAAGCAUCUUGAUGUAGAGACCAUUCUAAAUUCCCAUCUUGCUCAUGAAGCACAUUACAUUGAAGAAAAUACAGGAUUGCUGUCAACUCUCAAUUCCCUGAAAUCUGAAUUAGAAGUCUCUGUUGCUCAAAAUAGUGUCCUUUUGGAUUCAAACUGUGCUAUGAUGUCUGAACUUGAGGACUACAAGAACAAGGCUGCAAUUUUGGAGGUUAGUCUUCUUAAUGAUAGAAAUCAGCAUGCUUUUGAUCUUGAGCAGCUGAAGCACGUGAUAGUGAGUUCUGAAGAGGAGAUUGACAAGCUGUUGUUGACAAAGGAGGAGCUAGAAAUCAAAGUCAUAGUACUUAAAGAGAAGUUGGAUGAAUGUCGUGCACGGAUAACCAUGCUAGAAGGAAGUAGUGAUGAACUAACUUUGCUCAGGAUCAAGUAUAAUGAGAUUACCCACAGGCUAUCUGAACAGAUUUUGAAGACUGAGGAGUUUAAGAACUUGUCAAUUCAUUUGCGGGAGCUUAAAGACAAGGCUGAUGCAGAGUGUCUACAGAUUCGUGAAAAAAAAGAACCGGAAGGACCACCAGUUGCCAUGCAAGAUUCGUUGAGAGUUGCCUUUAUCAAAGAACAGUGUGAAACGAAGCUGCAAGAACUGAGACACCAGCUAUCCAUUUCCAAAAAGCAUGGCGAGGAGAUGCUUUGGAAAUUGCAAGAUGCUAUUGACGAGAUCGAGAAUAGGAAGAAGUCUGAAGCUUGUCACAUAAAGCGAAAUGAGGAGCUUUCAUUGAAGAUCUUGGAAUUGGAGGCUGAUUUAAAUGCAGCAUUUUCCGAGAAGCGUGAAAAGAUCAAUGGUUAUGACCGAAUAAAGGCUGAAAUGGAAUGCUCGCUAAUAAGCCUUGAAUGCUGCAAAGAAGAAAAACAAAACCUUGAAAAUUCUUUGCAAGAAUGCAAUGAUGAAAGAUAUAAAAUUGCAGUUGAACUCGCCUCAGUGAAAGAACUGCUCAAGACUUAUCCCAUGAAUAUGCAAUUGGAAGGAAAUCAUGGAUCACAUAAAGUGGAGAGCAGAUCUAGUCAGCCAGUUUUAGGGAAUGCUUACCAGGAAAAUCCACUGGUAGACAUAAUUUCUCAGAAUGGUACGACUGGGAACCUGUACCCUAAGUACUCAGACCAAGAUAGUUCAUUUAACCAUGAAAAAGUAGAAGAUACAUAUUCAACUCUCAUUGAUGAAGGUGAGCAUUCAAGCGGACACAUGAGCAUGCAACUGCAGCCUUCUCAGCCUGCUGAAUCUACUCACAUUCAUGGAAUUCCAAGGGAUGGAGUUGUAGACCAAGAGAACUUGCCACAGGAUGAUACAAAGCAUUUAGCUCUUGUCAAUGAUCAUUUCAGAGCCCAAAGUUUGAAGUCUAGCAUGGAACACCUGCAUAAAGAGUUGGAAAGGAUGAAAAAUGAUAACUCGCUCCUCCCACAAGAUGGUCAUCAAUUGGACACAAAUUUUGAAGGUUUACAAAAAGAAUUGAUGACGUUGCACAAAGCUAAUGAAGAAUUAGGAAGCAUAUUCCCUUUGUUUAAUGAAUUUUCAGGCAGUGGGAAUGCAUUAGAAAGGGUACUUGCUUUGGAAAUUGAGCUCGCUGAAGCAUUGCAAGCAAAGAAGAGAUCCAGCAUCCAAUUCCAGAGUUCUUUCCUGAAACAACACAGUGAUGAGGCAGCAGUAUUCCAAAGCUUUAGAGACAUCAAUGAGCUGAUCAAAGACAUGUUGGAACUAAAGGGAAGGUACACAACUGUGGAGACUGAGUUAAAAGAGAUGCAUGAUCGUUACUCUCAACUAAGCCUACAGUUUGCAGAAGUUGAAGGAGAGAGACAGAAACUGAUGAUGACACUGAAGAAUGUCCGAGCAUCCAAGAAGUCCCUACAAUUGAAUCGCCUUUCUUCAGCCACUCCCUGAGAUCACUCUUCAAAGCCACAUUGACAGUUUCCCUUUUAUGUCAUCUGCAGAUUCCCAGAAAUCACCUGGACUGGCUUAAGAUAUUCAUGCUGCAGUGCUGCAUUUAUUUAAUGUUACUAAAAUUGAUGUCAGGUUGCUUGGGCUGCACAAGUGCAAUGAUCAAACUUUACAAGCUUUAUAUGGGAUUUGAAAAGCUAAAGACGGAGUCAUGCUUUUGUGUAAAUAAAAAAUAUGUAUUCCAAAGUCAUAAGAUAUAUAGAUCCCUGUAAUAUUUCUUGGUUCCUUGGUCAUGUAAUUUCCUAGUGCUGUAUAGUAAAACAAAUUCUUUAAUUGACAUUAUCAUUUCUAUUUAAA